AUAUGCGAGCCAAAAUCUGCAAAAAGGAGUGGAAAUCGGAAAAAUAAAUAUUCCGGGUUUUGACCAAAGAGUUUGUUUUGACUUUGUCAUAUUUUGGUUUUGAGCACAUAAUUUAUACCUAAUUCUUAGUUUUUGUAGUUCGUAUUUUAUGUUUCUUGAUUAAAAUGAAAUGUGCAGUAAUAAAAAUUCACGAUUUUACUAAACCAUUGAUGGGUAAAUGUAUGUUGGACUUGUUCACAAACAUAUAAUUUAAUUCAUAAUAAUUUAUGUCGGCGUAUGACUAAGACGCAAGUGUACGUCUGAACGUUAAAUACAAUGAAGCUGUUCCUGGUUCUUACUGUUACAUUAAUGCUACUAUUUUCCAAGUGUGUUAUAACAGACCGUGGUGAUUAUAUUGGGUGCUACUCAUUACCUCAGGAUGUACUUAAUACUCACACAGGGCAAUCAGUCGAUGUGUGUUUGCUAGCUUGUGAGCAAGUCUAUUAUAGAUACGCUCUUAUUGGAAACGAAUCUACUUGCUAUUGCGGGAAUUCCCCAGGGCAGUUUAAAAUUGACUUAGAAACGUGUAGCACGCCGUGUCCAAAAAACGAAUCUCAGAAAUGUGGUGGAGAAAAGGUUGCCAGUGUUUAUGAUACAGAAAUUAUGGCACCGGGCCCGCCAAUGACGUUAGAUGUGUACAAUUUAACUGAAACUACAAUUCGUCUUCAAUGGACUCCUCCAAAAGCAUAUACUAAAAUCACUGGUUAUGUAAUUCGUGCUGUUGUACUGGAAACAUUUGCUGAUUAUACCUUACUGCCACUGGAAUGGCAUACACAAAAUAGUACACUACAGACAGAGUUACCAAACCUGCAGCCAGGUUCUGUAUACAAUAUAUCAGUGGCUGCUAUCAAUUUUGAUGAAGAGGGUGCUGCUAUUGUAGUCACUGCAGAAACAGUUAUAGGUACUCCUGACCCAAGUCCUCCUGAUAUAGAUGUGAUAAAGAGACCUGGAGAUAAAAUGCUGGUACAUGUUCCUCAGGCUAGAAAUGUUAAUGGCCCUAUAUCUAUGUACAGAAUUGUAGUAUCAAUUGAGUUAUUACAACAGGGAUUCAUUUUGGAGAAUCUUGGCAAUUAUUCAUAUGCCCAGGAUCAGGGACUUUCAUACUAUAUAACAGCUGAAUUAGACCCUGAAGAUAUUAAAAAUGAUUUUAUAAUUGGGGACAGGAGAACCUAUAAUGGUUUUUAUAAUGCACCACUCCCAUUGACUAAUGAUAUUGAUGUUUCUCUAGGUGUGGUUAGUGAAAAGAACCAUGUCAAAAAAGUAAGGUAUGCUGAGGCAACCAAAAAGAUAAUAUUGAAUAUAAAUGAACCAGAAGUUGUUUCACCUCUUGUUGUAGCUCUAGGAGCAGGUAUUGCCAUUGGUGUUGUUUUAUUAUUAAUUGGCAUUGGUGUCAUUAUUAUCCUCAGAAAACAGAUACAUCUUUCCCGUCUACAGAGAGGAUCUCAGUCCAUGCCAUUGAGUCUAAGUGAGCCAUGUUUAGAGAUAGAGAACUCGGGCUUUCUUCAGGAUGAAGAGGACAGAGUAGAUUACUACAGUAAUUUAAAGAGAAAGCUUUGGAAUAUACCAAGAAAUCUGAUUGAUAUUGAUAUAUCAAAUGUUGUAGGGGUUGGUAGUUAUGGAAAGUGCAUGAGGGGUACAGUUCGUCAGCACAGUGCCCAGACACCAGGUAUAAUACAAGUUAUUUCUGAUAGUGAGUUGGAUAAAACAGACAGAAAAUUGAUGCUUCAGGAAUUGGAUUUAUUAAUUAAAACUAGUGAACAUAGUAAUGUCAUCACUCUUAUAGGAAUCUGUGAGACAAACACAACACUGUUUGUUGUAUUGCACAACAUUCAAACUUCCUUAAAAGAGAUGCUCUUACAGAGUCGAUACAGAGACCUCCAGAACAAUAAGUUUUGUCUAUUAGCUGAGAACACAGUAAUUGAAAUGUGCUGUAAAAUAAUAAGUGGUAUGGAAUACUUACACAGUAAAAAAAUCAUACACAAAAGGUUGUGUUGUCGUAAUAUUGUGGUUAGUGAUAAUGGUCAGGUUAAGGUGUCUGGCUUCGGUUUGUCACAUGUGAGGCCCCUUCACUCUACUCCUGAUUACACAAGGUGGAAUGCUCAUGAAAUCUUGCGACAAACAAGAUUCAACCCUAAAGCGGAUGUCUGGUCAUUUGGAUGCCUAAUGUGGGAGGUUUUUACUAUUGGUGCUACUCCCUAUGGACAAACAUCUAGUAAGGAUGUUGCUGUGAGGGUGUUACGAGGUAUGCGCCCUUCACAGCCCACCUAUGUGGGGGACGAGCUGUUCCAAUUUUGCCUUCAGUGUUGGCAGAUUGACCCUGAUGAGAGGCCAAAUUUUGCAGAACUUCACAGUAAGUUGACCCCAUUUGUAGACGGACCUGCCACAAGGUGCCUAAGUUUCACCUACUUCAAUGGUUUCAAAUAUGAACCACAUAUACCUGAGCAUGAAUUAAUCUCAUAACAUAACUAUUAAAUUUUAUUUUUUCAUUAAUACUUAAUUUAAAUUGAGAUCUGAUAUUAAUUAAUACUGAUAUUAUGUAUCUUAAAUAUGUAACUUUACUUGAUAUUAUUGAGUACUUAAUUAUAAGAAAGUAUUAUGAAUAUCUUUCAAGUCUAUUUUCCACUACAAGGUGUCAUUUCUUGAGUAGCCAAUUUUUUUUAAAUAUUUCAUUCUAAUACUACAACAUAAUUUUAAUUUGAUCUCAUAAUACUCAUAUAUCUAAUGUGACAGUUCAGUUGACUACUUGAUUGGAAAAUUAUUGAUUAUUAAAUGUGUGAAAAGAGCAAUCCCAUUUUGUUUUUCGCUUUAAAGGUAAUGAAGGAUGCUUUAUAUAUGUAUAUUGUUAGAAAGUUACUUUGAAAGUAGUGAAAAAUAGUAUUAAGAUUGUCCUGUGAAAAACAGUUAAGUAUCCAAUUGCACAUAAAAUGCAUUAUUGUUUUUACUCAGAAAACUUAGAGAAUUAGGGUUUUAUUUAUUUUUAAUGAUGUGAAAUAUUAUGAAAUUAAAAAGCAUUAAAUUUUGUGAAAAUCACCACUAAAAGUCUCUAAAAAUGUUUUAGUGUACAGGUACAAUUAAUUAUUAAGGUAAUGGAAAGCUAAUACUAAAUGAUCCAAAGAAUGUUAUUUCUAAUUGAAUAGUUUAUUUUAAUUUGUAUGUGAUCAUAUUUAUCAAUCUCUUGUAUAUUUGUCUAUUGUUUCUUGUAUAUUUUUUGCGUCAGUUGAUCUAUAAUCAACUGACACAAAAACAGUUUGAAUGUACUUCAUGCAAUUUAUCCUUUUAUAAAUUGUAAAGAAUUGACAGUGUGGCAAUAAUCAUUACAUGAUUGAUAAGACAUGAAUUAUUUUAAUUAUUGUGUAACUAUAGAAUUUAAUUUAUUUACUAGAAUUAACGGGAUUUCACAGUUUUAUGCCAAUUAAGCAACUGCAUGCAACUAAGCUUCACUGUCAGCUGGGCUGCACACCAAACAUAUAUUUAUGACACCACAUAGUAGAGUCGCAUAUUAGCUGCUAAUAUGUGUAUUAGGUGUGCCUAUUCGCCCUCAAAUAUGCGGGAGCACUAAAAGUGGUGCCUCAAAUGGAUGUCUGGUGUGCAGCCCAAUAAUAGUAUAGUAAGAAUAUUUUUACGGUGUAUACUGCAGAACUAAGCCUCUUUAAUAAAUUGUCGAAAUAAAGGCUUCAAAUUAGCAUCUAACAUUAUUCCUAGGAAUACAGCUACAACCACUAUAAGUUGUACAAUGUUCAGCAAUCGCUUAACAUUUAGUAAAGUAAAUUUUAAGUAAAAGUCUCUAUACCAAUAAUAAGUAUUUUUAUAAAUUAGUGAUAAAUAAUAUUAUUCCAAGAUUUAUGAUUAGCAAGAUAGAUGAUCAGAAGAUAUUAAGAAGUAAUAUGAAUAAGAAAUAGAAAGGGUCCUACAACAGAACCCUGUGCAACUCUAAUUUUGGUAAUCCUGAAGACCACUUUAUAUUUACCUGUACUUUUUUAACCUACAGUCUAUGAUCAUGAUAUCAUGAUAUUGAUAGCUAAUUUCAUGUCUUUUCGUGAAUAGUAAUUAUUUAUAUAAUAUAAAUUUUCCUAAUGUGGUAUCUAAAAGUUCUCCCGUUAAGGUUGACAAAAUUCGAAACAGUAUUAUCCACAAAACUUAAUCGUGACCCACGUUAGGCUGCAUUUGCACGCUGACGUCGAUUGAGCGUAGCUAAAAAUGAGAAAAGAUAAGUUCGCGUAUAGACCAGCGCUGAGGAAUUCCUACGCGCGUACAGCUACGUCGCGCUAACGAGAAUGUUCGGCCAACUCGUUGGUCCGCUGAAGCGCUUUGGCGAUAAAUUAGUGCGUUCGGUGCGACGGUGACCGACUAACGUGCGUUCGUAACAUUGUAAUCGAAAAUUAUGCUGCGUAAGUAGUACGGACAUAUCAAAGAGGUUACGAAUGGAUUUAAUUUUGUUCGCAUCAUAUUUGCUGUCAGCUGAGCACUACACGCAACAUGGUCAGCGCGUAAGGGUACGCUCGACCAAAGUCCAACUUGCACGAUAGCGAAGAGAACCUUACUGAUUUUAUUUAAUAUUAAAAUAAUUAUCAGGAAAGUGGGUCAUGAAUCAAUUUUGUCGAUGGUAUGCGGGCGCCCGCUCCUUGUAGCACCCCUUUACUAUUUAAUAUUAUUUGACAGAUUCAUUUUAACAGACAAUAAUAUAAUAGUUUUUUUAUUAGUUAUAGGUAUUAGUUUUUAUACACAUACGUAUAUAUUUAUUUGGUCUUGUGAUAUUUUCAAUGAUUUGUAAUAAAUGAUUUAGUUUGUCUUAUCAGUAUACUCAACACUAACAAAUACUUAUAAUGUAUCUUAAAUUUAAAGCAAAAUAUUCUUUAACUACUAACAUAUUUCAUAAUUAAAAAUUAAAGUUUUACUUUUUUUAUGAUAACACGUCGCCAUAAUAUUUAUAGUGUGGACAAACAAGAGCCGAUGGUUCCUACGUGGUUGAUAACCAACAUCCACAUCUUUCAAGACCAGGAAGUUACAAGCCCUAGUGUUAUUUAAUAUUCCGUUUAAAGUGUACUUAAGUAUUAUGUAGAACUUAAGUAUUAUGUAGAUCUAUCCGUCCAUUACGAAUCUGAUAAAUUACUUUUUACACUUUGUAUUUAAACUAUAACAAUAAAUGAAUUUAAACUUA